UGUGACUGUGUGCUCGGAAGGGGGUUCAGGGCAGUUCGCCCAGGGAGGCAGACGAGAGAGAGCUGCUCCCAAGAUCCCGAUCCUCCUGUCCCCCAUUCUCCCUUGUGAUGAGGAUCACCCCCUGGUCCCUGUCUCCCAAUCCCGAGCUCCGCCCCUCCGGAGCGGUCCGCACACAUUCCAGGACGCCAGGUCCACAGCGACCUCGGGCCCUCUUUUAACUCCCUCGCGAUGUGUGCAUUUUAGUUAUCAAAACAAUUCCGUUCGCGUCCACAUCCGUUCGGACUCUUAAUUCCAAGAUGCUGCGGUUCUCGGAGUCUCAGACUUCGUCAUCCUGGUCUGCAUGACUUUCUGAGAUGCUGAGUUUCGGUCCCCAGCUCCGGCGUUUGGGGGAGACCAGUCUCCCGAUCCACCGGGGCCCCUGCCAGGUGGUCUGCGGCCCAGCGUCCAUGACCAAGCCCCACGAGUGAUCGGCCUGCCCUCAGGUUCGCCCGCGGAACGAACGUCGGGACCUGUCCACCCACGAAGCCAGUGCCGUGAAGAUUGCUCGGGGGAAAGGAAGGAUGCCGCUCUUCUUCCGGAAGCGGAAACCCAGCGAGGAGGCUCAGAAACGCCUGGAGUACCAGAUGUGUCUGGCAAAGGAAGCUGGGGCAGAUGACAUUCUCGACAUCUCUAAAUGUGAGCUCUCAGAGAUUCCAUUUGGGGCUUUUGCAACAUGCAAAGUUCUACAGAAGAAGGUGUUGAUUGUCCACACGAAUCACCUCACUUCCUUGCUUCCGAAAUCCUGCAGCGUCCUAAGUCUUAUAACCAUCAAGGUUCUGGAUCUUCAUGAUAAUCAGCUGACAGCCCUUCCUGAGGAUAUAGGGCAGCUGACGGCCCUUCAAGUAUUGAACCUGGAAAGGAAUCAACUGACGUAUCUCCCACGUUCCAUUGGGAACCUGACCCAGCUCCAGACCCUCAAUGUGAAAGACAACAAGCUGAAGGAGCUUCCAGACACCUUGGGGGAACUUCGAAGCCUACGCACUCUUGACAUCCGUGACAAUGAGAUGCAGAGGCUGCCGCAGAUGCUGGCGCACGUGCGGACCCUGGAGACUCUAAGCCUGGACGCCUCGUCCAUGGUCUUCCCGCCGCCGGAGGUGUGUGGCGCAGGCACCGAGGCCAUCCAGCAGUUCCUCUGCAAAGAGUCAGGGCUGGACUACUACCCCCCUUCUCAGUACCUGCUGCCAGUCCUGGAGCAAGAUGGAGCCCAGAACUCCCAGGACAGCCCUGACGGGCCCGCGGACAGAUUCUCCAGGGAGGAGGUAGAGUGGCAGAAUAGGUUCUCAGACUAUGAGAAGAGGAGGGAACAGAAGAUGCUGGAGAAACUGGAGUUUGAGCGGCGCCUGGAACUCGGGCAGCGCGAGCACGCCCAGCUCCUUCAGCAGAGCCACAGUCAGAAGGACGAGAUCCUCCAGUCCGUCAGGGAGGAGCAGUCCCGGCUGGACCAGGGCCUCAGCGAGCACCGGCGCUACCUCGAUGCAGAGCGUCAGCGGCUGCAGGAGCAGCUGAAGCAGACGGAGCAGAACAUCUCCAACCGGAUCCAGAAGCUUCUGCAGAACAAUCAGAGGCAGAAGAAAAGUUCCGAGAUUUUGAAGUCACUGGAAAAUGAAAGAAUAAGAAUGGAACAGCUGAUGUCCAUAACCCAGGAGGAGACAGAGAACCUGCGAAGACGUGAGAUUGCCUCCGCCAUGCAGCAGAUGCUGACCGAGAGCUGUAAGAACCGCUUCCUCCAGAUGACCUACGAGUCUCAGAGGCAGAACCUGGUCCAGCAGGCCUGUUCCAGCAUGGCUGAAAUGGAUGAGCGGUUCCAGCAGAUUCUGUCGUGGCAGCAGAUGGAUCAGAACAAAGCCAUCAGCCAGAUCCUGCAGGAGAGCGCCAUGCAGAAGGCUGCAUUUGAGGCUCUCCAGGUGAAGAAAGACCUGAUGCAUCGGCAGAUCAGGAACCAGAUUAAGUUAAUAGAAACUGAGUUAUUGCAGCUGACACAGCUGGAGUUAAAGAGGAAAUCCCUGGACACAGAGGCACUACAGGAGAUGAUCUCAGAGCAGCGCUGGGCCCUCAGCUCCCUGCUCCAGCAGCUGCUCAAAGAGAAGACACAGCGAGAGGAGGAGCUCCGGGCGAUCCUGACGGAGUUAGAAGCCAAAAGUGAAACCAAGCAGGAAAAUUACUGGCUGAUUCAGUAUCAACGGCUAUUGAACCAGAAACCCCUGUCCUUGAAGCUGCAGGUAAGGCCUGGUGGCGCCGCCCGCACCGGGAGCCUCAGGGAUACCCUGCUGCUUGACCUUUCCAGCUUCAUUCCGUGCGUGCUUCUGGCUGGACCCCGGGGCAGAGUGAGAGGGAGGGUUCAUUCCCGUGAGGGCAGACAGCUGCUGGCGCUCUGUGCGUGCUGCGGCCCCCGUGGCUCUGUGCUGUGUGGCCGGCUCCGGCCCAGCCCAGGCCACAGUCUGCUCUCCUUGGACUCCCAGGUGGGAGUCUCAGAAGCUGGCCUGCAACAUGAGAUCCUGCGGAGGGCCCGGGAGUUGCUGGACGCGGCCAGGAUCCAGCCAGAGCUGCUGAAACCACCCCCGGACGAGGUCCUCGGGGCCCUGGAGCCCACGGCCCCUGAGGAGCUUCCUGAGUCCGCGAGGCCAUCGGCUCCCCCCGCGGAGCUGGAGGUGCAGACCUCGGAAUGUGUGGUGUGCAUGGAACGGGAGGCCCAGAUGAUCUUCCUCAACUGUGGCCACGUCUGCUGCUGCCUGCAGUGCUGCCAGCCGCUGCGCACCUGCCCGCUGUGCCGCCAGGAGAUCGCCCAGCGCCUCCGGAUCUACCACAGCAGCUGAGCGCCCGCCGGGCCCCUGGCCCUCCGGCCCACGUCCACACCUGCAGGCCCAGGGCUCCAGCUCAUCCCUGCUCUCCCCAGACUAGUAAGGCCCCUCUGUCCUGGGCCCUACCCUACAGCCCAGGAGGGCGCCCCCCACCCUCGAUCUCCAAGCAGCUGGGCCGGCCGGGCAGAGGUGAAUGUUCCCAGCGGAUGACCUGCACACUGUGGAAGAAGAGGGGAGCCCUCCUGGUACCAGGGAGGGUGUGGAGAAGCCGCUGUGGCACCAUCUGAGCACAGGACUGCGUGUCCUGGCCAGUGUGCGCCACCCUUCCCAGCCGACUCUGGCAGGCCCGUCCCUGCAGGAGCCUUGGUGUUCUUGUCAGGGGAACAGAGACAGUGCUGUCCCAUGCAGCAGGGUGUUGGGAGUCAGGAGGGCCCUGAUAUGAGGAGAGGCCACAGGCCACCAUGGGCUGUCUGAUCAGUGCAGGCCUGGUGCCACGGGCGACAUCAGCCCCUUCUUGCCUCCCUCACUGCUGCCCCCCAACGCUCGGGCCCCUCUGCUCCAGAUCUGCACCACCUCACCCCAUGCGGCUCAAGGGCGGACAAUGAGCUUUGCAGACCCAAAGCAGGACUGCCAAUAAACCCACAUCCGGCCUGCU